CCUUGCCUUUACAAACUCCACAACAAUGAACCCCUACUUAGAAUCAAAUUUUCUUGUUAGGUUGAUGGAAGAAAUGGAAGAGGAAGAAGAAGAGUUGGAGUUGGCGAGGCACAUGCUCAAUAGGAGGCGGCGUGCACGCAACGAGCGUCGUCAUGGUGGUUCCAUUCUAGGGCGUGUUAGGAUUCAUCGUGAUCACAUGAGCGGCGAUGCAAGAAUCCGAGCGGACUACUUUGGAGCGCAACCGGUGUACACGGAUGCUCAAUUUCGUAGGAGGUUCCGUAUGCGUCGCCAUGUGUUUGAGCGCCUUGUUGAUGUUGUGCAACAAGUGGAUCCAUACUUUAUUCAGCGUCCAAAUUGUGCGGGUGAGAUUGGUCUUUCUGCUCUACAGAAAGUUGUUGCUGCUGUUCGAAUCCUUGCUUACGGUAUUCCGGCUGAUGCCGUCGACGAAUACGUACGCAUUGGUGAAUCCACGGCUCAUGAGGCAUUGAAACACUUUUGCAUGGUCGUCCAAACCGCGUUUGCUCCGUACUAUCUCCGUGCACCAAACGCAAAAGAUAUCGCACACCUUCUCCAAGUUGGUGAGUCACGUGGGUUUCCUGGUAUGCUUGGUAGUGUUGAUUGCAUGCAUUGGGAGUGGCGUAACUUCCCAAGUUCAUGGAAGGGCAUGUUUACAGGGCGCGGUAAACAUCCUACCAUGAUCUUGGAAGUUGUUGCGUCGUAUGACCUGUGGAUAUGGCAUGCAUAUUUUGGACUGCCAGGUAGCUGCAACGACAUAAACGUUCUGCACCGUUCAAACCUUUUCGAAAGAAUCGCACACAUCCCUCCAAUCCAGGUGCUGGAACAGGUGGGCAGUGGGCACACAUCCCUCCAAUCCAGGAUGUCAACAUCCGAGGCUGCUGCUACUAAUGGUACUGCAGCAGCGACUCCACCUGAGAUCGACAACAACCAUCUAAAGAGGAAGUCAUCUGAUAUAGGCUGGGAGUGGGGGCGUCUCUGUGAUCCCAAUGACAAGAACAGAGUCAAGUGUCUUCUUUGUGGACAAGAGAGCACAGCUGGAAUUUAUCGCCUUAAGCAGCAUCUUGCUCAUGUUGGCACAUCUAUUGUGAAGUGCCCAAAAGUAACUGAGGAAGUUAAGCAGAAGUGCAAGAGAAAUCUUGAUGAGACAGCGAAGAAGAAGAAAGAUAAGCAGCAACAUGACAAAGAGGUUAGGGAGAAUGUGCAACUUGCAACAUGUGAAGAGGAAGUGACAGAAGUUGAGUCACUUGCUGGAAGCUCAAGUACCCCUCGCAAGCUAGGACCCAUGGACAAAUUUACUCGUCCCAUUGAUCCCAAGUUAAGCAAUGCUGAAGCUAAGAGGCAACAAAACAUAAAUGAUGCACUUUGGAAAGAGAGAACACACCAAGUGCAGCAAUAUGUUGCUAGAUGGGUGUAUACACAUGCUAUUCCAUUCCAUGCUAUUGAUAAUGAUGAGUUCAAGGAAAUGGUUGAAGCUAUUGGUCAAUUUGGUCCCGGUUUCCAACCUCCAGCUCAGCAUGAUCUUCGGGGUAGAUUGUUGGAAGAGGAGCAUGCAAGAACCAAGAGCUUGCUACAAGACCGGGAAGAUGAGAAGAUUAAGCAUGGCUGCUCCAUUAUGACUGAUGCUUGGACAGAUAUGAAGAGAAGAAGUAUUAAGAAUCUGUGCACAAAUACUAGUGAGGGAACUACUUUUAUCAAGUCAAUGGAGAUGUCAGAUGUGUCACACACUAGUGAAGUUAUAUAUGAGAUGGUUGACAAGGCAAUUGAGGAUGUAGGUGCUGAAAAUGUGGUGCAAAUUGUGACCGAUAAUGCUUCUAACAAUAUGGGAGCAAAGGCAUUGCUACAUCUUAAAAGGCCAAACAUAUUUUGGACUUCUUGUGUAACUCAUACCAUCAAUCUGAUGUUGCAAGGCAUUGGCAACCUUCCAAAAUUCAAGAAGACAAUUGAUCUAGCAAAAUCAUUCACUAUCUUUGUCUAUGGUCACCACCGAACCUUGGCAUGUUUGAGGUCCUCCACCUUGAAGAGAGAAAUCAUAAGACCAGGGGUAACCAGAUUUGCUACAGCCUAUCUUACACUGCAAAGUAUGAUGGAAAAGAAGGAUUGUCUAAAAAAGAUGGUGGUUGAUUCCAAGUGGUAUGACUUACCUGAUGUGAAGUCCAAAAAGGGCAAGGAUGCUACAGCCACGGUGUUGAACCCUCGUUUUUGGAGAGGUGUCUCCCUUUGUUUGAAGGUCUUUGAGCCCUUGGUGAAAGUUCUACGUUUGGUUGAUGGAGAUGUGAAGCCAUCUAUGGGUUAUGUGUACGGAGAACUUCUCAAGGCAAAGAGGGAGAUCAAGGAGGCAUUUGGAAAUGUGGAAAAUAAAUACAGAGAAGUGAUGGCUAUUGUUGACAAGAAGAUGAAAGAUAGACUUGAUUCUCCACUGCACGUGGCUGCAUAUAUGUUGAAUCCAUACUAUAGUUACAACAAUCCAGCAAUCUUCUCUGAUUCAAAUGUAGUGGAAAAAUUCAUGCAAUGUGUGGAGACCUUUUAUGAUGGUAAUGAUGAAAAGGAAUAUAGGGCUGUUAAUGAGGACUUGGAUAAGUUCCAAAAGAGACAAGGAUCCUUCUCAAAGAAGAUGGCAAGGAGCUGUGAACGCUUUGAGUUCCAACCGGCGUCUUGGUGGAGGCUUUAUGGAGGUGGAGCACCAGAUUUGCAAUACAUGGCUAUUAGAAUCCUCUCACUGACAUCUAGCUCUUCUGGAUGUGAAAGGAAUUGGAGCACCUUUGAACAGCAUCAUACAAAGAGAAGGAAUAGGCUUACAACAGAGCGUCUAAACUCUCUAGUAUUCAUCCAAUUCAAUAAUAAAUUGCUGUCCAAGAAGGAGAAGAUUGCCAGAAAGAGUAAUUAUGAAGUGCUCCUAAGUAGUGAUGCUUCUGAAGCUCAAGGGUUUUUCUUUGAGGGAGGAGAUGAUCAUGCAUUGGCUGUCUUUAGGGAUGAGGAAGAUGAAGGAGUAAUGUCGGGGACAGGGAUACCAUGGAGUGUCCUUGGAGAAGCAAUGGGAACUAAUGAACAACUUCAACCUCGCAGGAGUGCAAGAGUGGCUAGAGAGUUGUAUGAUGAAGAAGAGUGGGAAUCUGAAACUGAAGAUCCUAAUCAUCUAGAAGAUGACAUUGCCUAUGAGGAUGAUGAGGAGUGAGGAGAUUGCAUGAUGGCAGCAUGCUGCCAAGUUAUCUAAAUAUUAAUAUCUAGUUAUUUACUUAUCCAAAUGUGUGUGGACUGUGGACCAUAAAACCAUUAAUGUGUGCUGUACUGUUAUUUAAUUUGUGGACCAUUAAGGCAUGUGAUGAACUGUGAGUGUUUUCUAUAUAUUUUCUUGUGAUCCUUUGACUUGUGAAUUGUGAUGUUGCCCUGUUGUUUGGAAGCUUGGCUGUGCAUGUACAAUAUUGAGCUGCCCCUCAUAGAUGAGUUUCUACUCUUUCCAAAGUAUCUGAUUGUAGAGUUUUUCAGAUUAUUAACUUGUCUCUCUUUGAUGAUCAGCUGCUGUUGGAUGCAACUUGCAAGAAGCCAAGGAGGAAAGCAACUUAUGUCAAAAAUAAAUAUGCAGAACAGCAAGAGGUAUGUUCACUAGUAUUACUACUUAGUUGUGUUAUUAUUACUUAGUACUUACUACUGAUCUUGCUCUCGGCAGCACAAAAAUUAAAAAAAACAAUCACGAUUAAUCACGCUUAAUCUACGUUUAAUCUUCCUAGGCGCUAGUCAGUAGGCUAACGCCUGCCUAGCGCCUAGCGUUUUCUUGAA